AAAGAGAUAGUAAGCGUUGCCAUAUUAAAAUGUCGACAGAGCACAUUACAGUUGGUCUUGUUGGAUACCAAAAUGAUUAUAGAUCAACAUUGCUGCGAGCAUUCCUAGAUGAUAAGACAUAUCCUGUGAAAAGUGGCAUCCUCUCUAUCCACGAAGCACAAAUACUCAAGUGUGCCUCUACUGAUACAACAUGCUACAUAUCAAGAAAGCAUGGACUUGGUGGGAGAGAGUUUUGUGCACACCAAGGUCAUCAAUCUGACCAAGUGGUUGUUUCAAGGGAUGUUUCUUUCCUAGCUUUGCCGGAUAAGAUCGAGUAUGCAAGUACGGUACUUGGGGGAAUGUAUCUCUUGGAUGGCAUUUUGAUUCUGUCAGAUGCCAAACUAAACUUCUCUAGGCUGCCAACACUUGAACUUAUUGCUGCUGCAAGCAUGCUGAAUAAGAAGGUUGUACUAAUCCAGAUCCUGAAUGAUGUAUCAGAGGCUGAUUCAAGAAUUGUGGAGCAUUACCAAGAAAUCACACAAUUGAUUGGAAAAAUGAAUUUGGAAAAACCAAUAAUCAUUCCAGUAUUGGUUUCUGGAACCAGUGACAUUGGCACAUUGUGCGCCAGGAUCAAUGAUAUGUGUCUCGAAGAAUAUGACAAGCAGGCUCCUGUUGAAAUGUUAAUCAUAGACAACUUUUUGAAGGAGGAUGAGGAAACUGGAGAAACGGUGUUAACUAUCUCUGCACGCAUUCUAAAGGGAACUGUCAAGAAAAAUCAACAACUAGAAAUUCGUCCAGGAUCAGUUAGCCGUGAUAAGGACGGUCAACCAAAAUGCAAUCCAAUCAUUAUCAAUGUAGCAAGUCUAGAUUCCAUAAGAGGUAAUGUGCAGUUGGAGCAAGCAGUUGCAGGUGAUAUGAUUGCAAUCAGGAGUAACAUUAAUUACGACCGAAUUGGUGGCAUUGUCGUAAACUUGUCGGGCUAUAUUAUAGGUGAUGUCAAUUCCUUGCCUGAGGUAUUCUCAGCGAUGAAGGUCAAAAUAUCGCUUCUGCCACUGAUGUUCAACUCCUAUAUCGAAGAAUUUAAGGAAGUCCCAAAGAUUGAGAAAGAUGAGAAAUUGUUGCUGACCAUUGGAAUGCUAUCAGCAGAAGCACGCGUGUGGAAAAUCGUGAAUGAGAAUACUAUUAUAGUUAGUCUCAGAUCUCCAAUUUGUGCAAGGAUAAAGGACAAGGUGUUCCUUCUUAGACCCAUGAAUGUCAGUUGGCGUUUAAUUGGCCAUGGGCAGAUUGAGGAUGGUAAAGCUAUCAGAAUAGAUGAAUCUAUUCAUGGUUAGGUGCAUGUCAGUUAUGAAGUAAGUUUUCAAGGAAGACCGGGAGUGGGCGACAAUUCUACAGGUUAGCUCCAUAAAGAAUAUCAAGGCCAGAAGCAAGAGUUAUGGAAGCUCUGCACACGCAAGCUAGGUGAACCAAUGAAGGCUAGAGAUACAAUGCCUGUUAAGUGAAACAAUUCUGGCUAUCUGGUUGUUGGAUUUGAUUAAAUCGCUCAUGAAAAAGAUUUGCUAGGGCCGCAUUGAGGGCAUGCGCUGUGAUAUAUCACCAGAGGAUUACAACAGUGCUGUGGCAGGAUGUUUAGCACCUAAGCAAGCCCAAAUUUUGCCAUCGACAAAUUCUGUGCAUACGCAGUAUAAGAACAUAUGCAGAUUGGUGUGCUCUUAUGUGCUGUUGACGGCUUAACAGCCCUUGUAACUUUCUGCUCUUACGGUAAAUCACUCGGGUGAAGGGGAAGGAAAAUUGUUUCCAUCAAGACAACAACUAAGUUAAGACUGUAGUUAGUACUAUACAGUGAGGACUUCAGGGACCUGGGGGUAGUUUGGUUAAUUCGUUCAUAACACUUAGGACAGCUGGUAUCGCUUGUAUAACCAAGAGCAUCACGGUAAUUUAACCAGCA